ACACACACACACACACUCGCACGCGGGCGCGCGCUCAGCGUUGCUGUAUGAGCCAUGCGUGAACAAUACGCGCUCAAACUGGAGUCAUUUCAACACCGCUGCGUGUUUGUGUGGAUGAUUAUUGGCGAAUGGACGGUCUUUAUAAUGUGUGACUGGCGUCGUUGUUUCGUCAUGGCCUCUCAGAGAAAAGAGGAAGAUGUGCUCACUGCUCACUUUAGUCUGUGAGGAGGAAAUCUGAAGGAUUUUAAUGCUCUGUUUCAGUGUGUGUGUGUGAUUAAAGUGAAAGCUGCGUGUGAUCAUGUGCGUGUGUGUGACAUCUGACCGAUUCUUCAUUUCACUGUCAACCGGAUGAUCCGAAACUUCACGAGCGUCAGUCUGUCGUGUUGUGGAUUAACGUUAUAUGAUUUAUGGACGCUUCGUCUGUCAUGGAUUAAAAAAAAACCACUCCAGACUGAAAAUGAUUCGGUUCGGACCGAUUACGGAUUUAAUCCAGUGAGAAAUUAUAAAGCAGAAGAUUCACAUACGCACAUGUUUAUUGCUUUGGUUCAUCUGAUCUUCUGAUGUUCGGCGUGGAUUCUGCGGACAACUGCGAUUAAUUGUGAUGUUCGGCUCUGAUCGGCUUUAAUCGGGAUGUUCGGCUCCGGAUGAUUAUGACUACAGCAGCGAACUGGGUGGCGAACGGGGCGAGUUUAGAAGACUGUCAUUCCAACCUCUUCUCUCUGGCAGAGCUGACGGGCAUUAAAUGGCGCUGCUACAGUGCUGGCGGUCUGGGGUACGGGCCAGGCAUUUCGGCUCCAGCACAGGACGACCCUGUCCUGCGCAGCUUCAUGCAGUGCGUUCGUGCAAACCUGCUGUGUGUGUGGCGACGCAAGAUCAAACCGGAUGCCAAAGAGCUCUGGAUCUUCUGGUGGGGUGAAGAACCAAACCUGACUGACAUCAUCCACCGUGAGCUGGAGGUGGUGGAGGAGGGAUUGUGGGAAUGUGGCCUGUCAUACGAGUGCCGGACACUGCUUUUCAAGGCUAUUCACAAUCUGUUGGAGAGAUGUUUGAUGGAUAAAGAUUUUGUUCGCAUUGGGAAGUGGUUUGUCAAGCCAUACAAGACUGAGGAGAAACCCCUCAGCAGCAGUGAGCACCUGUCGUGCUGCUUCUCAUUCUUCCUGCAUGGCGACAGCAGCGUGUGCACCAGCGUGGAGGUUUCACAGCAUCAGCCGCUGUAUCAUGUGACAGAGGAGCACGUGCGUCUGGCUCAGAGCCGCUCACUGCAGGUGGUGUUGAGUCCGUACGGCCUGUGCGGGGCGCUGACGGGUCGGGCGUUUAAGAUGAGCGACCCUGCGGUGCGGAAACUCAUGGAGGACUGGAGUCAUUUCUACCCCAUGGUGCUGAAACACAGAGAGACGGAUGGCGCGGAUGGCGACCUGACCUUUGACCCUCACAGUUAUGUUGCACUCGAGGUCAUCGUAGGAGGAGUGCGGAUGGUUUACCCAGAAGUCUUAGUUCUGGUGGCUCAGAGUGACGCACAUGCGCAGGUGUUGCUCAGAGAUUCUUCCAGCUGCGGGACGCCCCUCACCCCACCCACCUCACCGGGACGGCCCUGCUCAGGAGACAGUGGCUAUCAGACGACCAUCUCCAGUGUGUCUAGUCAAGAGAACGCUCCAAACGUCAGCCCAAAGCAUUCUGGGAGGAAGUUGAUGAAUCAGAUGCUCCAUGAGGCCUGGAGGGAAUGUCACAUCAAUCCUCUUCAGUGCAACAGCAGUGUUUCAAACAGCAGUCUAUCUGUGUGGGGAUUCUCCAGCCCGAGAGAGCGAGUCCCUUGUGGCUGCUCCAGGCUGAAGCAGCAGCAGAUGAACAGCACAAGCUCAUCCACCGGCUCCAUCCCUCCACCCUCCACCCAAAAACACAAGUCAGUCGAAAAGCCUGAUAAACCCGAGAAGGGCCCCAGACGUAUGUCUCUGACCCCCUUCCACCACCGAGUGUGUGUGGAUCAGCAGCUCUCCUCUGGGCCGGAGCUCAGCCUGAUCCCUCUGGAUGCUCCUCUCCAGCCUCUGUCAGACUGCAAAUACUCCAAACCUCAGUCCGUCACUAGAAAAGCCCCUGAGUCUCUCGUUCAAUCUCCUGUAUCACCACUGCCGCCCACGCUGAGCCCCCAUCCACGGACACAGGACCCCGAGCUGACGGAGACCCCUGUGGCUGUCCCAGACUGUCUGGAGGGGCCGUCAGUCCCCAUGCAUGUUGAGACGAGUGAAAGUGUGCUGUACGGGAUGCCUCUAGGAACAAAGAAUGCUGCCAAUGAAUGGUGGAGAAGGUACAAGAUUCCCAUGGCAGAUAAUUUGGAGUUUAAACCUCCGGAUCUUUGCUGCGACUCAGAGGAGAACCGGCCACAGAAGGAAGGAGCCGCCCUCAAGAGGCUGUUCACGCAGAUGCAGAAGAGGUUAAAGAUCUCCGAGGAGCAUGUGAGGAGAGACAUACUGCCACAGGCUGAAGCGGACGAUCCUGCCGAUGAUCCGUAUGACUUCAAAGAGGGAGACAUUGAGUACAGCUUCCCUGCCACCAAAAAGCUGAAAGGACUGAGCCAAGACCCAAGCCGCAAAUCUAAGCCAGAGGAAGUGAACGGUAACAGCGUGGUUCCUGAGGGGAAAGACGCCAUGUCCAUCUUUAGUUCAGCCCCAAAGUCAGAAGAGUCAAAUCCAGAUGAAUCAGAUGCCAAAGUAAACCCUCCCUUGACCAGAGAGAAGGAUCUCAUUGUGCUCAUCUCUGACCUAGAGAAUAUCUUUGGGGAGGAGGAAGAUGAACUAGCGGGCACAUAUCCGAACCAACAGUCAGCCAAGUCCGGGUCAGUGGCAGCAGAGGAGCGGCCAGUAGCGGUCGAGGGGAGAGCUCCAGUGCCAUAUCCCUCAACAGUAGCAGAGCUCCAGCGUAUGUUCCCCACACCUCCGUCUUUAGAGCAGCACGCCGCCUUCUCUCCCAUUAUGAUGUACCGCGACACCCCCAGUCAAGAGCCGGCCGGCGCCGCAGUGGCUCAUGAUCAGCCCAGCUGCUCUCAGUCCAACAGCCAGAUCACGGACUUCAAAAUGGACAUGGAGGAAGAAAUGACAGAGGAUGUACUUCCUCUGAUUGGUUGCUCCAUGUAUGCCCCACUGCGUUCCUUACCCAGCCAGUGUUUGACUGCUCUUAAAAUCCCUGAGCACUGCUACUACAGACCAUCCUGGACAGAUAUGACCAAGAUGGAGCAGUACUGCCAGACCACUCAGAAUCCCUUCAGCAGAGACACAUACGUCAGGGGUGCUCUUCUGGAGCAGGACUACACUUCUAUGAACAUGAGCGCUGCCUUCACUGGCACUGCCACAGGCGUCCUACCCUCCCCAUCCGCCUCUCGCUUCUCUGUGCCGACCCCUCGCACCCCCCGUGGCAUGGGUGCGGCCAGUGGACAGGGCUCCGUCAGGCAGGACGGCACUGAACUCAGCUCACCAGCAUCAACCCCCUCCACCAGCGUGCCGCUCAGCUCAGUCGAGCCAUCUGUAUCGGGACCGCUGCUGCCCGAGGCGCACAGUCUCUAUGUUAUACUGCUGCUGUCCGAUUCGGUCCUGGAUAUUUUCAAAGACCGCAACUUUGACAGCUGCUGCAUCUGUGCCUGUAACAUGAAUGUUAAAGGGGCGGAUGUUGGUGUCUAUAUCCCAGACUCCACCUGUGAGGACCAAUACCGUUGCAUGUGCGGCUUCAGCGCGAUUGUAAACCGAAGGCUGGCGCAUGGGGCAGGCCUCUUCCUGGAGGAUGAGCUGGACAUAUUUGGCCGUGGCUCUGAGGCGGGCCAGGCGGCAGAGAGGAGACUGGCACUGUGUAGGCGAGACCCUCCCGGCAGAAGAGCUGAGGAGCAACAGACGCCUGCCUCGGUGAUCGCUCUAUUACAGGAGCAGUGCUCUCAGCCAAUCACAUCCCUGACCUCCCUGCACAAAUCACCCAGCUGUUCCUGUCAUGGCCGCCAGGGGGCACUAUUGCAGAGCUGGGCAGCGGACAGGCUGUGGGUGGACAGCAGUGAUGCGUGUGUGGAGUGUUAUAAUGCGCUGAUGCAGGGACUGCAGUAUGUGGACAACGCAGCUGGAGGAAAGGUGGAACAGGCUACAGUGAGGAGCAGCGCACUGCACACCUGGCCACAGACCAAUGUGUUGGACAUCAGCAAGCUGUCCUCUCAGGAUGUGGUGCGGAUGCUGCUGUCCCUCCAGCCAUUCCUGCAGGAUGCGAUCCAGAAGAAGAGGUCGGGCAGGAGUUGGGAGAAUAUCCAGCAUGUUCAGGGUCCUCUCACAUGGCAGCAGUUCCACAAGAUGGCUGGACGAGGUUCUUAUGGUUCUGAGGAAUCCCCAGAGCCUCUGCCGAUCCCCAGUGUGCUGCUGGGAUACGAUCGAGAUUUUCUGUCUCUGUCUCCGCUUGCUCUUCCCUUCUGGGAGAAGUUUCUGCUGGAGCCGUAUGGAGGUCAGAGGGAUGUGGCCUUCCUGGUACUGUGUCCCAAUUAUGAUGCCCUGCUCAGCAGUGCCAAAGCUUUCUUCCAGGAGCUCAGUGCUGUCUAUGAGACGUGUCGGCUGGGGAAACACCGUCCACUAGCACGGGUGUCCAGAGAUGGGAUUGUCCCAGUGGGAUCAGUGGAGUGUGAGGAGGAGACAGAUGAUCAGUGGCUCUCAGGGCUCUGGGCUGGACAACAGGAGGAAAACCUCAACAAACUCAAACUCUACAAACACAUCUGCAGACACACACUCGGGCCGCAGCUCUCCACCCUGAUUCUGGAUAGUGGCCUCCUCCUCCCUCCAAAGCCUCCACCUGCUUCUGAUCCUCUCACCCCGCCAGCAUCCACCCAACAACCUGUAUCCGCUGAUGGAGACAACAACUCAGGAAACACCCCUAACCCCACCUGCGGUGCCACAUGCCAGUCCAGCGGUGCAGAACCGGGACAGGUAGUUACGGGUGACUCAAACACCACACCAUCAGCAGAGAGUGCCGAGAGCUCAGCAGAGAGGGACCGGAUUGGCAUUCCUACAGGGGCGGAGUCAGCGGACAGCCACGCACACCCACCAGCCAUCGUGCUUUAUGUGGUGGAUCCCUUCCUGUGCUCGGGGGCGGGGUCAGGAGAUGAAGAGGGCGGGGAGGAUGUGGAUGUGGGCAACGUAUGGCUUUUAGCGCUGCUGCGCUGCUACACAGAUAUGCUGAGUGCGCUGCCAGAGAGCAUUCAGCCUGCACUAGUGCUACAGGUGUUGCCGUGUCAGCAUCUGUUGCAGCCGGCCAGCGGAGAGAGUCCUGAAUACCUGCAGCACCUGCGAUCCCUGGCUUUUUCCACAUACUCACAGAGUCGCCGUCUGUUACCCAGACAGACGCACAUCAGGUCCCUCACCGGAUUUGGCCCCGCGUCCACCGUACAAUCAGUGCUCAAGAGCCCAGAGAGCCCCAGUGUCAUGCGUCUGUAUUCUCCGCCCUUCAUCCUGGGUCCGACGCGCAGUAAACAGUCUGAGGUGGGUGACGUGUGUUCAGACGCUCCCUCACGCUGUAACGUGCUGUUCGUGGGAUACUGUCUGUCACAUGACCAGCGCUGGAUCCUGGUGUCCUGCACAGAUCAGCAGGGGGAGCUGCUGGAGACCUGCGUCAUCAACAUUGACGUGCCCAACAGAGCCCGGCGGCCCAAGUUUUCUCCUCGUAAAAUUGGCCUCCAGAAGUUAUGGGAAUGGUGCGUGGGCAUUAUUCAGAUGACAUCGCUGCCAUGGAGGAUCGUGAUUGGCCGUUUGGGAAGACUGGGCCACGGGGAACUGAAAGACUGGAGUGUGCUGCUGGGCGAGCAUUCACUGCAUUCUACUGGCCGUCAGCUGCGGGAGGCGUGUCUUAUGUGCGGUUUGUCCACUGCUGAUUCGCCAUCCAUUCUCAGCGCCUGCCUGGUUUCCAUGGAGCCGCAGGGAUCUUUUGUGGUGAUGCCAGAUGCGGUUACGAUGGGCUCAGUGUUCGGCCGCAGCACCGCGCUCAACCUGCAGACGUCUCAGCUCAACACUCCUCAGGAUGCGUCCUGCACGCACAUCCUGGUCUUUCCCACCUCCUCCACCACACAGGUGGCACCCAGCACUUACCCCGCCGAAGACAACCCCGAUGACAUGUUCGGCUUGCCUUUCCCUGAUGAGCUGGAGAGUGACAUCGGCCAUGAUGACAUGAUGCUGCUGACAGGAACGCUGCACCCGUCACCCAACACGUCCCCCGUCCCGUCGCCUGGAUCACCAUCUGGCCUGGGCUCCGGAUCACACUUCCAGCACACACGGAGUCAGGGUGAGCGCCUUCUGUCCCGGGACGCUCCAGAAGAGCUGAAGCAGCAGCCGCUGGCUCUGGGAUACUAUGUGUCCACAGCUCCGGCUGACAGCCUACCGCACUGGUUCUGGGCGUCCUGCCCACAAGCACAGCAUCAGUGUCCGCUCUUCCUCAAGGCGUCUCUGCAUCAUCACAUAUCCAUUGCUCAGACGGAUGAUCUGGUGUCUGGUAAGACGUCUUCAAGGGUUCACCCGCUGGACUCCAAAACCACCUCAGAUGUGCUCAGGUUUGUUCUGGAGCAGUAUAACGCUCUUUCCUGGCUCACCUGCAGUCCUGCUGCUCAAGACCGGCGCUCCUGCCUUCCUAUUCAUUUCACCGUCCUCACGCAGAUGUACAACGGCAUCCUCAAGCUCCUGUAGAUCUCAGACGGGAUGCAGAGCCAUUCCUCCAAGUACUUAAUGGAUUCGGGCAGCUGGUGUUUUCACAGGAGGAGCAGCCCUCAGAUGAGCUGCACCUCUGGACAGACUGCUAAAACAGGGAUGACAGCCACACACGUGUAAUGCUCCCCUGUCACUUCAUGCCAUAGAAAUCGUACAGAGUGUAAUGAUGAACUGUGUCUAUAUAAAAACAUCUCAGCAUCAUCACGUUUCUGACGAGUUCUCUUAAAAAGGCACUUUCAUGAUCCAACAUUAAAUUGAUAAACUUGAUAAGUAACGUCUGACACGUGUUCUAAAUGUUUAUCAUGAGAAAGCAACAUUUACAGAGAAUUAUUUUUGUCAAACGUUUGAAUCAAUUUAAUCAAGGCCUUUUUUCCAGAAUCAGAAUGUAAGCCUUGAGAUGAGAAAACAAACUCUAAUUUUAAAUGAUGCUGAAAUGCCAUAUUUACAGAUGAACUGUAUUUCUGAAUGUAUAAUGGUGUUGUAGUGAGCAGCUGUGCUCCGGUCUACAUCUAAAACACUUUCCAGAGAGACGACACAUUAUAAAACCUAUAUGAAUAACAGUGCAUUACUUUUUACUUUCUCUUAUGAAAUUUCUUCGAUCCUUUUCUUAUUUAAUAACUUAAAAUGCAGCACAAAUUAUAUUUAUAAAGCAUUUUCUGCUAAAUAAACUUAAAAAGGCAAUAGAGUUCAUUCAGCAUAUCUGAGCAUACAAUUUUAACUGAUAUGCAUUAUUUGCUAUUUGCUUUUUAACGAUGUCAAAUCGGUCCAUCGUCAGUGACUUGGUUGCAGAAUUUGUCCUGCGAUUUGUACUUUCCUGCAUGUUUUGUAAAUACACUUUUCAGCAGUGUGUUUUCAUAUUUCUUAAAACUGUACAUUUCGUGUCAGUUUGAUUCAUUUUACUCUACAUGACUCCUAUGAAGUUCUUUUUACUUUUUGCCUUUUUAAAGUAUGAAUAUAUACAGUAUAUAAAAAUGAAUAUAUAUAAAACAUUAUUGAAGAACAGCCAAGGGUGCGUUGCCAAGAUAUGACACUUACUAUACCAAUGACAGCAUUUGUUACUCAAUCAUCAUUUGAAAUAUCAAGCUGAUGUGACUCAACAGUGAUUUGUAUCUUUUACACAUUUCUAAGUAAAUGACUGACAAAUGAA